AUGUUUGGCAUCUUUGCGCACUUCCUCUCCUCAGUCGCCUCCUUCCUCUUCCCAAUCUUCGCCUCUUACAAGGCGCUGAAAGCCGGCGACCCGUCCCAGCUCACGCCAUGGCUCAUGUACUGGGUGGUCCUCUCCAUAGCACUACUGAUCGAGUCCUGGCUCGGCUGGUUCCUUUUUUUCGUGCCCUUCUACAGCUACGCGCGCCUGCUCUUCAUGCUGUAUCUUGUCCUUCCCCAGACUCAGGGCGCACGCACGAUCUAUGAGGAAUAUGUCCAUCCCCGGCUGGAGGAAAACGAAGCCGCCAUCGAGGAGUUCAUUGCCUCCGCGCAUGAGAGAUUGAAGGCCGCGGGCAUGGAGUACCUCAAGCGGGCGAUCGAGGCAGUCAGGGUUAAUGUCCUGGGACUGCCGCCGAGUCCACCGGAACAACCUCAGCCGGCCCAACAAACACCCCAAGGCUACACUGCAUCUCUGCUUGCACGGUUCUCUCUCCCUUCUCCCCGCUGGAUGUCCGGUACUGGCGCGCAGCCCCAAACAGGAACUUGGACCGGCACAGCUGCAGGAAAUGAUUUCUACUCCCUCCUCUCCUCCGCCGUCUCCAGUCUCGCCUCCCCCCUGGUCAGUGGUAGUGCCUCUCAUGAGACCUCAACCACACCAGGUGCUACACCCUCAGGCCUCAUGCCCGAAACAGUCCGCUCGGCGAGUGCAGCUGCCCGGAUGACGUUCAUUCAAGCUCAGCGCGAGCGUCUGCGCUUGGUUCUGUCUGCACUUGAACGCGAGGAGCAGGCUGCGCAGCAGCAGCUUCAAAACGAGGAGAGCGGGGAUACGUUGAGUCCGGGGAAGAGGAGCAGGAGUGUGGGGGACUUUGAGAAGGUUGAUAUUGUGGAGGGAGAGGAGGAGCAGGGGGUAAGGAGGAGGAAUACCGCUGCGGGGACGAGCAGUGCAGGAGAAGGGAGUGGGGGGUGGUUGUGGGGGUGGGGGAAGGGGAAGAGUUCGGGGGUUGAGAAGUAA